AUGUCCAACACGCCCACGUCCAAGAAAAACGAGCUCUCCUUCGGCGUCGAGGUCGAGUUUCUCUUCUACUUCAAAGUCGCCCGCCUGCUCAACGACGAGCUUCGUGACGCCGAUGCCUCUGUCUCCGAAACCCCUCUUCCCAGCAGCGGCCAAGACGAGGAGCACACGCCACGGUUCUGGGCCACCAAGGUCAUCACCGAAGCCAUCAUGAGCGUGCCCGGCGCCAAGAUGGAGGGCCAGGCCAUGCCCAAGGACACGCCGGACAGGUACCGGGCCAUGUACCUCGCGGGCAAGGGGUUCCGGUUGCGGGUGAAUCUUCGGACGGGGCUCCACUGUCACGUCGGAGCCGGGGCGCAACCGGUGACGGAGCGACGGAGGACGGACACGCCGAAACCGUCGGGGUGGAGCGCGGAGAGGGAGAGGGAACUGAUGAUGCAGUUUGACAAGGACGAUACUUGCGGGCGCAAGCAACCCCCGAAUUCCUUCAAGCGGGCUGCGGCGCUCAUGUGGGCAGCAGAUGGGUUCAUGUGCCAUGCCCAUCCGCCCGAGCGCGGGUUUAGUUACUACGCACCGCCGAUCCGGCUUUGUUCUAGGCUGGCCCAUGGUCUUGGGGUGCGCCUGGUCCAGGAUGAGUUCGGG